GAUUAAACGAUUAUAAUAAAUGUUCUCCUUGUAUGCUGGGUGUAAAAUGGCGGACAGGUAAACCUAGAUACCUGGUCUAUGGAGAGGAGUUUGCCAAACAAAUGACUUAUGUGAUGGAUUUUACACCGUAUCCAUGACUGAGGCUUGGGAUAAGAUCAUGGACGAUUCGUCAGACUCCAGUGACGAUGAACCUGCCGCGGAGUUGAUAAAAAAUGACACAAAAGCAGACAAGAAAAAAGAAGAAAAGAAAAAAGAGGACAUGAAAAAGGAUUCCGCACGUUCAAAAUUCAAAGACAACAGGUUUACUUCAUUUGGUGAAUAUCGUAUUCUAGGGAAAAAGGGUGAAGGUACAUUCUCAGAGGUUUUAAAAUGUCAAAAUAUAAAAGAUGGCACGUACUGGGCGUGCAAGAAGAUGAAACAGACUUAUGACAGUGUGGAACAAGUAAAUAAUUUACGUGAGAUCCAAGCCAUGCGUCGCCUAAGUCCUCACUCAAAUAUACUGGAACUCCAGGAAGUCAUAUUUGACAAAAAGUCCGGGACUUUGGUGCUGAUUUGUGAGCUGAUGGACAUGAACAUCUAUGAAUUGAUACGAGGAAAAAGACAUUACUUACCAGAACGGAAAGUAAAACACUAUAUGUAUCAACUUUUAAAAUCUGUUGAACAUAUGCAUAGAAAUGGUAUAUUUCACCGAGAUGUAAAACCUGAGAAUAUUCUAAUCAAGCUUGCGUCCAGUGAUAAGGAGGAUGUGCUGAAGCUUGCAGAUUUUGGAUCUUGUAGAAGUGUGUAUUCUAAGCAGCCCUACACAGAGUACAUCUCCACGCGGUGGUACCGAGCGCCGGAGUGUCUGUUGACUGAUGGGUACUAUACUUACAAGAUGGACAUCUGGAGUGUAGGAUGCGUGUUCUUUGAAAUUCUCAGUCUUCACCCUUUAUUCCCUGGAUCUAACGAGGUCGACCAGAUAGCAAAGAUACAUGACAUUUUAGGAACUCCAGAUCCCAGUGUUCUCAACAAACUCAAAAAGUCACGUGGCAUGAACUUCAACUUCCCCCACAAGAAGGGUACUGGUGUGGAACGCCUACUACCCCAUGUGUCGUCCGAAGCUGUCGAUCUGAUCUACCAAAUGUGUACCUAUGACCCUGAUGAGAGGAUGUCUGCCAAACAGGCAAUACGACAUAGCUACUUCAAGGACCUUAGGGACGCAGAUAAGCGUCAGGCCAUGUUAGCCAAGGCUAAGCAACAGGAGGAGAAGGAGGUGCGGGAAAGAAAGCCAGACGUCAUUAAGGCACCACCGUCGGAAACGUCAGGGAUAGAAGUGGAUACGUCACGCACAGAGAAGAAAAAGACAGAGUCACAAAACGACAACCGCACAAUGCCAAGUCUACCUAAAGCUCAGUCGCUACCUACUCACCCACACUUCUUUAAGGACAGAAGAAAGAAGCGCCACAAACGGCUACUAGAGACCCACCAUUUCUCCAAUCAUACUGGCCUUAAUUUGCCAAAAGUUCCAAUGCAUGCCAACUCCCUAAACCCAUCAUUUCACGCCAGCUCAUUCAGUUCCUACAACCAUCCCCAGGGCACCACUAGUUUAUCUCUACUUCCCAGUAUCAACGCUACUUACAAACCUCACAAGCCAGCGAAUAAAGCAACGAAGAACAUUGUCGGUAGCUAUCAACUACCUUCUCUAGAUAGACGAGGAGGGGCCGGAUUCUAGGUACAAAGGAUGAACAUGACAUCAUCAGCUGUCUGUGAUAUCAUCAGGCGACCUUGACAUCAUUAGCCGACCUUGACAUCAUCAGCUGGCCGUAAUAUCAUCAGGCGACCUUGACAUCAUCAGCCGACCUUGACCUCAUCAGUCAACCUUGAUAUAUUCAGCUGAUGGUGAUGAUAUCACAAGCUGGCUCUGGCAUCACCAGUUGACUCAUCAUGAUCUGUAGCUACGUCCAGAAAGUUUACACCAGUGGAUUUAGUAAAACUUUAAAAUGAAUAAAAACCACAACAAGGGAUUAAAGGACUUGUAUUACAGUACUUUGUUAACUGGGUGAAAUGAUAUAUUGUUGAUAAAUGUAAUCAAAUGCAUAAUUUGCAUAUUGUGUUAAUGGAUAUGUAACUAUUUUUUGUGAUAUACCUAUCUAUACAUGCCUAUGUUGAAAUAUGCUUUUUGAAGAACUGUAUUUAUUUUGUUGUUAUGAUAACCUUGUUCUCACCGGGUAAGGUGUUAUUUGUGUGAGAAGACUAUCCUAUUUCCUGAGGACUUCUUUAAACCAUUUACUGACCAAGGGACCAACAUGUUCGUACCUAUCAUUUUUUAUGCAAUACACAUCUUUUACAAUACUUUGAAGAGUGCAUGGCCAAUAUGGGUGUUAGAUGUUUUUGAAAAUGAAAACAAUGCUGAUAGUAUGUACACUUUUUAUCAAAAUUAUCAUUGACACAAUCUGCACUUAAUCUUCAUUAAAGCACAAUGAUAUACAAUGUCCUGUAAGAGAAUGCUGCUAGAACACUUUUCCAUCAGGUGUAGCUAGCGAGAGAUUUUAUGUAGGCCCAGCUUGAUUCCUGAUACAACAUUUUUUAUGGAAAACCUGGCACCAUAAUGAUCUGUUAUGUCCGACUCAUCAUUACAUUGUUAUCACUAUGACUAUGUUAUCAGUAUAACCGUGUUAUCACUAUGACUAUGUUAUCAGUAUAACCGUGUUAUCACUAUGACUAUGUUAUCAGUAUAACCGUGUUAUCAGUAUAACAUGUUAUCAGUUGAAUGAUGUUAUCGUUAUAACCGUGUUAUUACUUAUAACCAUGUUAUCAGUUUAUAUGUUAUCAAACAAUGAUAAAAUAUACUCCAUACUAACUAUCACUCACUUUCCAGUAACUGUAGUCCAAUGUUUGUGUUGUAAAUUUGACCCUUGUUUACAUUUGUGAUGGAAUACGUGGUAAAGUUUGACCGUGUAAAACAGAAUUGGAAAUUUAUAUUGUACCUACACAUGAAUGAGAAAACCGAUACACUAUGAGGUAGAAAGAGAAUGCUCCACUUGGCGAUGUUGAUCCUAUAUUUUUUGUAUCCUGUAGUUGUUGAUGUCUUCCAUGAUGUGUAUUCCCCACAACAGAAAUCAACAAUUAAAAAAAAAACUGAGUAUUCACAGUUUGGUGUAUAUGGAACUUUACAGACAGUUGUCUCCCCUUAGUAAUGCAUCACAUUACCUAAACGGUAUGGUAUGUGUAUUGUAUAGAUAUCAAUUUAAAGUAUAUUGUGAUAGAUUUAAAGAUAUUUUACAAUUGUUUAAUCAGGGUAAAUCACACCUGUCACUUCAAACUUGUAACUUUUCAAUUUAAUUAUAUUCAACUUAUGCUGAUAUAUUUUCAGUAGUUCAUAUUUUCCAGGAUUUAAUGAAAUUUGUAGGAAAAAGGAUGUAAUUUGCAAUUGUGAAAAAAUGUCUAUAUUUUUAAACAACUGAAGGUAUAUUUUCUUGAUUUGAGUUGGUUUUUGUUUUUGUUUUUGUUUUUGUUAAAUUGUACUUACAUGAUAGAUAUUAAUGUGGUAGGAACUUUUUAAAACAUUUGUUUUCCUGACUUAAUUUUGCUCAUCCUAGCUGCUUGACCUUGGUGCUUUGCUUUUAUACACUUGUUUGGUGCAUGUGUGAUAAGCGUAUGCAAGAGUACUGAAGAGGUGUAAAUCUAGACAAAUUAGACAUUGUCUAUGGGACAUAUAGUGUUUUGAAUAUGCAGCUUUGAAAUUUUGUUUCUUGUCAGCAGAGCACUAUCAGUAAUGGGCUAUUUUGACACUAAUUUAGAUAAUAUUCACCUUUAAUACAAAUCAAUUAUCAUUUUUUAAUUUGGUUAUGAGAAAUCCUUGACUUGAGAAUUUCCUGGAUCUGUAAAUCCAUUUCAAACAACAUUAGGUACAAAAUUGUAUACUUUAUUAAUAUUUGUCUGGUCUGGAGAAUUAGUGAUAUCUUAAAAUAGGACACUAUUUAUUUAUUUAUUUUUUUAAGAAUCAUUAACUGCAACUUGAAGUAAUUUUCAUAGCCCAAUGAUAAAAAGAAUUUGACGAUGUGAUAAACAUGAGACUAGUUAACAGCACGUGUUUAUUGAUAUUUAUGUUUUAGACACUUUAUUUUAAUCCACUCUUGAUUCCUCCUGUAUAUUCCCCUUGUUUCCCUGCUGAAUGACGUACACUUUAUAUAAUGGACAAAUGAAAUCACAAAUUGGAUGAUAACAUAUUUUUUUAAUAAAAACUAAAUAUUUUGUGGUUUUAUGCAGGAGAACAAUAUUUUUUUUUGUUUUUUUUUUUUCAAAACAUGUAGUGCCAAAUUAUGUAACUUAUUUCAAUAGAUAUAAAAGCAGUAAAUAUGAUUUGUACAUGAGCGUGUAUGAGGUGUAAAUAAAUGUGUAUUGUUUAGUGUGGAUCAUUAAUACCCUCUGGUAGACACCAGUAACUGUAUACCAUAGGAGGUCUCGCCGGGAGAAUUAGUGAUAUUUGAAAAUUUGCUUCGUUUUUCAAUGUAUCAAUAUUUACAGGUCUCUAACAUACAUAGGAUGCUUCAAUACUACAACUUUAUCAAUAUGAAGUUUGUAGUUUUUGGAAAAUAAAUAUAUAUAAGUAAAUUUUGAAAUUUGCUUAAAACUUCCCAUACAAAGUGGUACAGGCUUAACAUUUAAUUAUAUCUUUAUAACAUGAAUUAUCAAGUAUUUAAAUAAUACUGGGUAAUUUCUGUACUGAUAGAAAUAGCACUUGAUAAUUUAUCUUUUGACAGAAAUAGCACUGGAUAAUUUCUGUGUUGACAGAAAUAGUUUUGGAGAAAAGGUUUUUAUUUAUCUCAAUUUAUAUUGAAUUAGCUCUUUUAUGAAGGUUGAAAAAAAAUGUUAAAUUGUAAUUUGUAAAAAUUUGCUGCUUUGAAAUAAAAAGACAAAAAGGAAUGAUUUAUAGGUACAUGUAUGUAUAGAUUUUCUAAUGCAUUAUUUUUUGUAAUUUACUUUUAAACAUAUUUCAGUAUUGGACAAAGAUUUUUUUUUUUUCUCUCAAUAAAUCUGUAUUUUUUUUAAUUCAAAAACUUUAUGUGUGUUAUGUAUCACCUUCACAACUAAAUGGCUACAUUCUCUAUAAUUAUGUCCUAUCGGGGAUUUUAUGUGAAUGUAACCCCUGGAAUUUCAAGGAUGAUUAUAUAUGCAAUAAUUUAAUUACUGAAUGAUAAAUGAAGAUAAUGUGUAGUUAUCUUAUUUUGAUUUUU